ACCGUUGAGCGAUGAGCUCACGAUUGAAGCCAACGAUGACACGAGACCAGAUUGCUCUGUCUUCGACAAAUAUGCUCAUCGUGUCCGCAAAUUAGACCUUUCCGGACAACAAAGAUUCUGGAGACGCAACGGUGGUUACCCAUCUGUCACCGAGAUUUAGGCGCAUUGCUCUAUUAUCCACUGAACUCCCCUCUCCUACCGAACCUCAGGCACUUAUCUUGGGCCCCUGGGAUGGGUCUCAAUUUACUUCGCCAUCUGCUCGGUCCACAUUUGCUGUCUCUGAAAAUACCCAGCCACCGCUGGAGCUCAGCAUCCACCCUAUUUGCCCUGACCAAAAUUCCUGGACUUUGCCCGAAAAUCAAAUCACUGACACUACAAGUUCAUUCUUGGGAUGGACAUAUAGACUCGGAAUUAACUCAGAGCACGUAUUGCAUAUCUCGGGUAAUCGGUUCUUGGGCCAAACUCGAGGAGCUGGACUGCAACCCCAUGACCUAUGAAGGUCUUCUAUACCUGUCUGGGAUGGAAUCUCUCAGAAUUCUCCGCCUGCAGGUUAACACUGCAUCCGUCAUCGAUCUACCUCCAGACUCGCUUUCAUUUCCAUCGCUGCAUACUUUCCAGUUCCAAACUGACACCCUUGACACUGCUAUCACUCUUAUGAAAGCGAUGAAAAGCUUUCCUAAAUCUUUGAAAAUCGAUGUGUUCGCAGGGCGGUCCCGCAGAGGAACUUGCAGUCCGCAAAUUGUCGGGGUCCUCCUGGGCCUCGUCAGUCGAGAUGCAUUGUACCACGAACUUCGACAUUUCAGUCUGAAUCUCCCACUCCUUCUGGGAGAUAACCCUGACAAUAUCUCUGAGAUCCUACGACCCCUCUUCGUGUGUCGUGAACUUCGCACACUGUCCGUGCGAAUGUCAUCGCCAUUCACUCUCAGUAACGACGACCUGGAAACGAUGGCUUACGCUUGGCCACUGCUCGAGGAACUCGAGCUGAUCGAUUUACGACCACGUGUAGCGACUCAGACUCCCCCUCCACCCCCACCUCCACCCCCUCUUCCUCCCAAUCCUCAACCAUCUCUACCACCCAUCACUACCACGGGUCUUGGCCAGCCAAAUCAAGCUCCACAACCUCCGGUGGUUACUGUCAUGGCCCAUCACCACCCCGCACCUAUGCAAAUACCUCUGGCAAACGCUGGUCAGGCGAAUCAGUUUCCGUACCUACCUGUAUUUACCAUUCCCCCUCCAGUAUUUCCAGUAUUCCCAGCGUUUCCUCCACCAGACCUUUUUUUCCCCAUCAGAUCACGAACCGCUGAAAUUACUCUUCACGGCCUCAUUUCGCUCUUGAAGCUAUGCCCAAAUCUUUACUACUUUGACCUAGCGCUCGAUGCUACCAAACUGGAUGAUUUGCAAGGCGAUAAUCCAGGUGGUGGAGUUUGUAAUCGACUGGUCAAGUAUGCCAGGCUUAUCGAUUCGCCCAUUGGCGACCCUGAGGUGGUUGCUCGCAUCCUCUUUGACAUACUUCCUGAGCUUGAUCCCCUUGCGGGGCCAAACGCUCUACUGCCAGCUCCACCUCAAAACAUGCCCCCACACAAUAUGGUGCCUCAAAGGUGGAACAUCGUUCGUCAGAGAAUGAUGGAUUUCAGAAAUGAUGUGAGACAUGCUACACCACAGCCUGUUUCCCAGACCUAAUCCAGAUGCAUUUAUUAUGUAUAACUACGUAUAAACUUCCCUGCUCAGAGUUUAUAUUAUGGCUCGACAGUCUUCAUAUAUGAUAACUUUCAGGCAGAUCACUAUAUGACCAGUGUGCGUUUCUUGUGUAGUACCAGUUACCAGAUAAAUCCGGGACGGUUUCGGGACGGACAACAUACGAUUUGACCAUUGAUUAUGCAUGAAGUACGAUAACUAGUCUAAGU